AUGCCACAACAUGUCGAACGAGCUCCCUUGAAGCUGACUCCGCAGUUGAAACAUUGGGCUGUCCACCUGCGGACCACCGACCGCGACCUCGUCCAAAACAUGCGAAAGGAGGGAGGUCUUGUCAGCAUCCCUCGUACGAACGCACGGACGCCUCUCGCGCUUUCCUCCCUUCCUUACCUCGUCGACCUGACCACGUUCACCAACAUCCUCGACAUCCCGGUCCGCUGCAACGGUUUUCAGAGGCGUCGUCCCCCGCCAUCUUCAACCCUGCUCGCCGUCAUCCUGCAAGACACCGCCCCCCACAUCGGCCUCGGGUGCUCGCCCAUCUCCGCCGUCGGCCUCUCCAGCGCCGACGCGUGA